AGACUGGUGCUGAUGAACAUGCCCGUGGCUGAGGACAUGACGGUCCAUUUUACCUCCACCUUGAUGGCGCUCAUACGCACGGCCUUGGACAUCAAAAUUGCCAAAGGUGGUGCAGAUUGGCAACAGUUAGACUCUGAGCUUCAGAAGGAGAUCCUGACCAUUUGGCCUCACCUGUCCCAGAAGAUGCUUGACCUGUUGGUACCCAUGCCAAAAACCUCUGACCUGACUGUAGGCAAAAUAUACGCAGCCAUGAUGAUCAUGGAUUACUACAAGCAGAGCAAAGCAAAAAAGCAGCGGCAGCAGCUGGAGGAGCAGAAAAAUGCCCCCAUGUUCCAGCGCAUGGAGCCGUCCUCCUUGCCACAGGAGAUCAUCUCAAAUGCAAAGGCUCUGCCUUACCUCCAGCAGGACACCCUCUCGGGCCUGAGCAGCCGGAGCGGGUUUCCCUCGCUGAGCCCACUCUCGCCACAGGAGAUCUUCCAGCUGGCAUGCAUGGACCCAGCCCACGGGCAGUUCCAGGAGCACCAAUCUCUGGUGGUGACGGACACCAGCUCGAUGCGACGGUCGUUUUCCACCAUCCGGGACAAGCGCACCAACAGCUCCUGGCUGGAUGAGUUCUCCAUGGAGCGCAGCAGUGACAACACCUACAAGUCCCGCCGGCGCAGCUACCACUCCUCGCUCCAGCUCUCCGCCCGCCGCCUCAACGCUGAUUCGGGCCACCGGUCGGACGGGCAUCGCUCGGGUGGCAGGGAGCGGGGGCGAUCCAAAGAACGCAAGCACUUGCUGUCGCCCGACAUCUCGCGCUGUAACUCAGAGGAGAGGAGUCCCCAGGCGCAGGACGAGUCGCCAGAGCGGCGGCGGGAAUCCCGGUCACCCAGCGAGGGCAGGUCGCAGACACCCAACAGGCAG